CAAGAAGCCACGAAGAAGACAACCAAAACAGCCCAGGUUUUUGGACAGCUCAGCCCAGGACGCGGAAAUUCCCCAACACCGAUGUCUGAAUAUCUCCCAUCUGGGGGAAAACAUCCGUGAUCAUUGGACGAGUUAUUUAGGAAAACUCUUGGGUGAUGUUAACGCGUGGAAGUUUGCUCUUGGUCACUGUUGUUAGCUGGUUAGCUGAAUGAAAGUUGCUCCAUGUCGACCUGUGGGCCGGACAUGACCAUAUAUGAACUGCUGCUCUGGGCCGAACAUGACCAUAUAAGGACUGCUGCCCUGCGGUGGCAUGUAAACAACAACAACAAAAAACAGCGAGGGUAAGAGUAAACACUCUAAACUUGUUCCAACAUGUCAUCAGACCAGAUGAUCGCUAUUGUCAUGGAGGACAAGAUCUACGAGGUGGACAAGAAGAAGCUGAUCGAGAAGAGCGACUACUUCCGGGCGCUGUACAGCUCCGGCAUGAGGGAGUCCACGGAGGACUCCGUGCAGCUGCGGGGCCUCAGCGUCCCCGGCCUGGAGCUGGUCCUGGACUUCAUCAACACCUCCAAGGUGGAGGUUGCCAACGAGACCCUGGAGGAUUUGAUCGAGACCGCGUCCUUCCUCCAGGUCACCUCCAUCCUGAAGCUCCUCUCCGCCGAGAUCCGCCUGGACAACUGCGUGGACCUCUACGGCCUCUCGGAGGUCUACGGCACGCACGAGCUGCACCGCGCCUGCCUCAAGUACAUGAGCUGCCACUAUCACCCCAUGAUGAGGCGGCCCGAGUUCGGCCGCCUGCCCUGCGCCGUCAGGGAGCAGGUGAGGGAGAUGCGCAUGAAGGGCAGCUCCACCCUGGUGGUCAUCGGCGACUUCUCCUACCUCUGCAUGGACGUGCUGGACCACGACGAGCCCUGGUCCAUGCUGAGGUACGGCGAGGCGGAGCGGCGCUGGAAGCCUUUGGCCAACAACUUGCCUCCGGACAUGAUCAACGUCAGAGGCUACGGCUCGGCCGUCCUGGACAACUACCUCUUCGUCGUCGGGGGUUACAGGACCACCAGCCAGGAGAUCUCCGCUGUGCACUGCUACAACCCCUGCAGGAACGAGUGGAACCAGGUGGCGCCGCUCAACCAAAAAAGGUCCAACUUCAAGCUGCUGGCGGUCCAGGGGAAGCUCUACGCGGUGGGGGGUCAGUGUUUGGGAACGGUGGAGUGUUACAGCCCCGAGAACGACUUCUGGACUUGUGUGACUUCAAUGCCCGACCCGCUGUCCGAGUUCUCCGCCUGCGAGUGCCAGGGGAUGAUCUACAUCAUGGGUGGAUACACCGCACGAGACAGGAACACCAAACUCCUCCGCUACUGCCCCGCCUCCGACACUUGGGCGGCGUUCCGACCGAGCUCGGUGCAUGUGCGCAAACAGCAGAUGCUCUCGGUGGAGGACAUCAUCUACCUGGUGGGGGGCUACACGCACCAACUGGGGCACCAGCAGCAGCGUCUCAGCCAGACGGAGGACGUGCUCACCGUGCAGUCCUACAACGUGACCACGGGCGAGUGGCUCCUCUUGAAGGAGAACACGUCCAAGUCGGGUCUGAAUCUGACCUGCGCGUCGCACAACGACGGCAUCUACAUGAUGGGCCGCGACGUGGGCCUGAUCACCAGCUUGGAGCACCGCGUCUUCCUCAAGUACAACAUCUUCUCCGACGCCUGGGAGGCCGUCAGGCGCUUCGCGGUGCUGGGACAGAACAUGCUGCUGUGCUCGCUUUACCUCCCCGACGUGCUCUGACGGAGGGAGAACUGCAGGGAACACGAGGCGGGACAGUGCAGUGUCAACACAGGCCAGCGGGUGGCGGGCUUGCAGCUCGUAUGUAGCACUCCAAAGCAAACUAACUUCUUCAGCAUGACUCUCGUUGCUUUGGCAUCGAUUGGAUUCUCUGUGCCUAAAAUAAAGCAACAUUCUACCAUGCAAAAGUCUAAAUAUAGGAAAACCGUUUUGGUUUUACCCAUCAACCAUUGUGUCCAAACAUUCACACAUUUGCUUUUCUACACCAAAAUUCAUCUAUUUCUUCUUCUUCUCCAGAUUUUGGCAGGCUCCACCUUCCACAUGUUUCACCCGAUUCAAACCAUUCCAACUUCAAACUGUUCAGCCUCUUCGGGAAUGGCGGGCUUUCCCUUGACAAAUUCCCAGAUUUUCCAGAAUUCCUGGUUUUCCAGGACAUUUUUCCCAUUCAAAAUGAAUUGGCCUUUUUUCAAACUUCCACCAUUUCCACAUUUUUCAACCGAUUCAAACCAUUCCAACUUCAAACUGUUCAGCCUCUUCGGGAAUGGCAGGCUUUCCAUUGACUAAUUCCAAAAAUUCCCAGAUUUUCCAGAAUUCCUGGUUUUCCUGGACAUUUUUUCUAUUAAAUGAAUUGGACAUUUUUCAAACUUCCACCAUUUCCACAUUUUUCAACCGAUUCAAACCAUUCCAACUUCAAACUGUUCAGCCUCUUCAGGAAUGGCGGGCUUUCCCUUGACUAAUUCCAAAAAUUCCCAGAUUUUCCAGGACAUUUUUUCUAUUCAAAAUGAAUUGGCCUUUUUUCAAACUUCCACCAUUUCCACAUUUUUUAUCCGAUUCAAACCCUUCCAACUUCAAACUGUUAGCCUCUUCGGGAAUGGCGGGCUUUUCCUUGACUAAUUCCAAAAAUUCCCAGAUUUUCCAGAAUUCCUGGUUUUCCAGGACAUUUUUUCCAUUCAAAAUGAAUUGACCUUUUUUCAAACUUCCACCAUUUCCAUAUUUUUCAACCGAUUCAAACCAUUCCAACUUCAAACUGUUCAGCCUCUUCGGGAAUGGCGGGCUUUCCCUUGACUAAUUCCAAAAAUUCCCAGAUUUUCCAGAAUUCUUGGUUUUCCAGGACAUUUUUUGCAUUCAAAAUGAAUUGGCCAUUUUUCAAACUUCCACCAUUUCCAAAUGUUUUAUCCGAUUCAAACCAUUCCAACUUCAAACUGUUCAGCCUCUUUGAGAAUGGCGGGCUUUCCCUUGACAAAUUCCAAAAAUUCCCAGAUUUUCCAGAAUUCCUGGUUUUCCAGGACAUGUUUUCCAUUCAAAAUGAAUUGGCCAUUUUUCAAACUUUCUACCAUUUCCACAUUUUUCAACCAAUUCAAACCAUUCCACCUUCAAACUGUUCAGCCUCUUCGGUAAUCGCAGGCUUUCCCUUGACAAAUUCCAAAAAAUCCCAGAUUUUCCAGAAUUCCUGGUUUUCCAGGACAUUUUUUGCAUUCAAAAUGAAUUGGCCAUUUUUCAAACUUCCACCAUUUCCACAUUCUUCAACCGAUUCAAACCAUUUCACCUUCAAACUGUUCAACCUCUUCGGGAAUGGCGGGCUUUCCCUUGACAAAUUCCAAAAAUUCCCAGAUUUCCCAGAAUUUCUGGUUUUCCAGGACAUUUUUUCUAUUCAAAAUGAAUUGGACAUUUUUCAAACUUCCACCAUUUCCACAUUUUUCAACCGAUUCAAACCAUUCCAACUUCAAACUGUUUAGCCUCUUCGGGAAUGGCGGGCUUUCCCUUGACUAAUUCCAAAAAUUCCCAGAUUUUCCAGAAUUCCUGGUUUUCCAGGACAUUUUUUCUAUUCAAAAUGAAUUGGACAUUUUUCAAACUUCCACCAUUUCCACAUUUUUCAACCGAUUCAAACCAUUCCAACUUCAAACUGUUCAGCCUCUUCGGGAAUGGCAGGCUUUCCCUUGACUAUUUCCAAAAAUUCCCAGAUUUUCCAGAAUUCCUGGUUUUCCAGGACAUUUUUCCCAUUCAAAAUGAAUUGGCCUUUUUUCAAACUUCCACCAUUUCCACAUUUUUCAACCGAUUCAAACCAUUGCAACUUCAAACUGUUCAGCCUCUUUGGGAAUGGCAGGCUUUCCCUUGACAAAUUCCAAAAAUUCCCAGAUUUCCCAGAAUUCCCGGUUUUCCAGGACAUUUUUCCCAUUCAAAAUGAAUUGGCCAUUUUUCAAACUUCCACCAUUUCCACAUUUUUCAACCGAUUCAAACCAUUCCAACUUCAAACUGUUCAGCCUCUUCGGGAAUGGCGGGCUUUCCCUUGACAAAUUCCCAGAUUUUCCAGAAUUCCUGGUUUUCCAGGACAUUUUUCCCAUUGAAAAUUAAUUGGCCAUUUUUCAAACUUCCACCAUUUCCAAAUUUUUUAUCCGAUUCAAGCCAUUCCACCUUCAAACUGUUCAGCCUCUUCGGGAAUGGCGGGCUUUCUCUUGACUAAUUCCAAAAAUUCCCAGAUUUUCCAUAAUUCCUGGUUUUCCAGGACAUUUUUCCCAUUCAAAAUGAAUUGGCCAUUUUUCAAACUUCCACCAUUUCCACAUUUUUUAUCCGAUUCAAACCCUUCCAACUUCAAACUGUUCAGCCUCUUUGAGAAUGGCGGGCUUUCCCUUGACAAAUUCCAAAAAUUCCCAGAUUUUCCAGAAUUCCUGGUUUUCCAGGACAUUUUUUCCAUUCAAAAUGAAUUGGCCAUUUUUCAAACUUCCACCAUUUCCACAUUUUUCAACCGAUUCAAACCAUUCCAACUUCAAACUGUUCAGCCUCUUCGGGAAUGGCGGUCUUUCCCUUGACUAAUUCCAAAAAUUCCCAGA